AUGGCCCCUAAAAGGAAACUUCGACCGCCUCCGAUCAACGACAGCUCCCUCGAGACAGCCGCAGCGGCUUCGCUCGACUCAGAGCAAUGGCUUCAAGGUCAGGCGAUUGUGGGCGGGUGGGGCAGUAAUACAGUGGACUGAGAAGUCGGCCUCUCAUGUCCAUAAAUGCAGAUGGGGUACAGCAAGAGAGCCAGGGAGACCGCUACCAGCACGGUGCCAAGGCAGCCCGACAUUACCACAACUCGAUCGUUUCGUACCAACUUGCGGCGUCGCGGUCCACAAGCCCAACCUUUGAUCCCGUCUACAAUGCCGCAAGGGUGAUGUUCACUUUGGCAUCCGACCAUCUCGAGGCAUCGGACUGUGUGGACAUGAUGCAGAGGGCAAUCGCCACGUUUCGGAUAGCGCAGACCGCCGCGACCAGCACGGAUGAGAUCAUCGACUCGAGCUUCAAUCUCGCCCAGGCCCUGGUCGCUCUGCAGGAUCUCUACGAUGACGGGAUCAGCAUAUUUUCUUCCCCGUUAAAAGCAUCGAGCUCCGCGGCCACGGUGUCGGACCAUGCAAGUCUGCUCGCUGCAAAACGGGUCUUUUCCGAAGUCGAGCAGCUGCAGCGAAGUGCGCUCGACCCAAUAUUUCGCGAAGGCUCGACAGAUACACCGCUAGAGGUCGACAUGCAAGAUGCGACUGUCGCAGACCCCGGUAGCAUCCACACAGCGGCUGCAACAGAAGGCCGGAUCGUCGUACCUCGGCAAGUCAUCGACACAUUGCUCGAGGCGAUAGAACUUGACCUGCGGUUACUCGAUCUGGUCAGUACAUCAGAUCCUACGACGAGUGCCACAUUGGCCGAGUCGGCGGUCUCUGCACUGUCCCGAGCUGCCGAACUGUCCCGAUUCGGCCCCUCGUCGUCAUCGUCCGCGGAGCUCGAGUUGGUUCUCGCCCAGAUCUCCGUCAAUAUCAGCUGUAGGGGCGCAGUUCCGACAUACCAUGCGCUCUACCUCGCACCCGAGCAAGUCUCAAGCACGAUCAAUACUCUUGCUUCCUCUCGGCAGGAUGACCCGUCCUUGCUCUGCGCCUCUGCCGACCAUCUCCUGGAGAACUCUGCACUGUCGGCUGGGUCGAUACCGCUGCUCGAGUUCAUCCUGACCACGUACCAACGCGCUCAUGCGCUUCUCUCUUCUCUCCUCUCGCCACCCAAGGACGUUCCGGCGCACAGCAUCCCGUCACUCGUCGCGUCUAAUUUGGUGUCCCAAGUCGAGACGCUGCUGCUCCUGUUUCACCUGUCUCCGCCGGAUCGGAGUUCUGCCUACUUGCACCAGGCACGAGACCAAGCGAUCGAGGCGAUUAAAGCUUCCUCAUUCGGGUACACGGUUGAGCUAGCUCCGACGGUGCGCAUCUUGAAGCUUCCGGGGGACGGACGCAGGGAUUGGACAACGGUGAAAGCUUUUCGACAGGGCUGGUUCUGGCUAGUGCGAGUCCUCGUCCAUGCAGCUUCGGGGCCUGCAGGAUCAAAUGGAUGGGUGGGUCUUCUUCGAGCUUGGGACAAGGUGGCACCACCGACAGAAUUCACGCCGGGAUGGAUGUCACAGCUGCGGUGGUACCUGGAUGUUCAGGAAUGGCCGAGUGACCGAGUGUGGGAAGCUAGUCACGGGAAAGAGCAGGAGCAGUGGGCUAAAGUUUUGAUGGAAUAA